CGGCGGUGCCGUCCGCGUCCGCGGGGCGCGCGGGCCCGCCGCCUGCGGCGGAGGCUGGGCCGACCGUCGAGGAAGUGGUGCUGGGCGCCGCGGCCCUGGUGGAGGCCGCCGCGGCGGACCUGGGGCUCCCUCACCCCUCGGGGGCCGCGGCGCAGGUCGUGGCGGAGGCGGCCGAGGCCGCGUCCGCGCCCUUCGGCGCCGCCCUGGCGGCGGCUGCCGGGGAGAGGCCAGCCGCCGCGGAGGCGCGCGCGGGGGAGCAGGGCGAGGACGAGGAGGACGGCUUCGAGGUCGUCGGCUGCAGGGAGGGGGAGGUGGAGAUCGCGCGGUCGCCGGCGAGGGGCCACCCGGCCUGGGACGGCUACUGCCCGGUACUGCUGGGCGCCGAGGGCGCCGAGGAGAACGCCCGCCUCGCUGGAGACGCGCACCUGCCGAGCCCCGAGGUGGACACCCCGCGCAGCCCAGAGAGCCCGGGGAGCCCCGGAAGCCCGGGGAGCCCCAGCUCGCCGCGUAGCCCGGUCAGCACGUGGGGCGCCGUACGGGUCGGCCAGCGCUAAAUCGAGCGACGGCAGCCGGAAGCUGGAGAGCAGUCGCCGACCUGCUCGCCACUUCGCCCGCUCCGUGUGGGGACUCCUGCGCGGGUGUGCCCUCGCCACGCGGGGGCGUGGCAGAA